UUAAAACUUGGCAAAACAUUCAGGAGGAAGUUGACCUCUUCACUGGACAUUCUCACUUCCAAAAGAGGCUCUCGCGAUUACUAUCAGGAAAAGAAUUGCAAGCCUACUAGUUUUCACUCUCACAAGGUGGUUAUGUGGUGGUGCAAGAAAAAGCUACCUAACUAUGUUGUUCCAGAUUUGAUAGGCUUUAAGCUAGAACCAUAUAUAUCUCAGUGCCCAAUUGAAGUUGGAACUAUUGAGUGUCCUAAUUCAUCUAAAUGA